AUGUAUAUAAACCUACCAGAUAUACAAAACGAGCAAACAACGACUAUACACUCAAAUUACGCCCCUCAGAGGCCCAAGCUAUCUUCAACGCGCUCGAGAGGCCGUUCCAUCACCCAAAUUCCUACAAGCAGUACUCCAGAUGCUGAUGUGCAGUUUAGCUUGCAGCAGCAGCCACUCUUAGCUGCCGCAGACAAUGAGUCCUCCGCGGAGGGCAGUCAGAGUGGUCGACCAAGGGCCAACUCCACUCAGAGUAAGCUCAACCAAACAAAAUUUAGUGCCAGAAAUAGAAGCCAUUCACUCGAACUAUCACCACCGCUAGAAGCACCGAUUAUCAGCGUGAAAACUUCCAAGGUUAGACCUUCAAUCAACAUUGAGAAUAUACCUCUGUCUCCAAUCCACUCGCCAUUGAACUCACCAUCUUCUCCACAGAUACCAGACCCUUAUCCAAUCAGACCAAAAUUAAAGGAUAGUUUGCCUGCUCUGGCCAAGUUGGCUGCUAUCUUCGUCCUUAGCACUGCUUUUAUGUUUAUGGCACUGAGCUCAGUUAAGCAGCUACACGUGCCUCAGAAGCUCACCGACGUAAGAAAGUUGGCUUUUGAUUUGAGAGCGUACAUGACGCUAUCGUCACUCAACUCGCUCCACGUCCUCGGCGUAAUUGGCUUGAUGUAUGUUUGGAAACAAACAUGGUCAAUCCCUGGAUCUGCAAUCGUCAAUGUUAUUCUUGGGGCACUCCUACCAACUUGGAUUGCUACCGCCUACGCUUGUUUGCUCACCGCCUUUGGCGGCUUCUUGAGUUCGUUCACAGCGCUCCCAGUCGCACCACACAUCCACUACCAUUUCCCAAACGCUAUCAAUAACCUUCGCUCAAUCAACAAAGACCCAUUCAGACUUUUUGAGAGGUUACUGAUUGCAAGAUUAAUUCCGGUGAUCCCAUACGCUGUUCUCAAUUUGGCAGGUGGCGUGGUAGGCGUAUCCUAUGUGCCAUUUGUCGUUAGCUUGUUCCUUGGUAGUAUCCCUAUGAACGGCGUAGCGUGUGCAGUUGGUGAUGUCUUAGUCAGUCUAGCGUACGUCGACGAAGGUGAAAGUCUCAGUCACAGAAUGUUUAGCAAAGAAAUGAUCAUCAAGUUUGCAUUUUUAUCAGUGUUAGGAUUACUUCCUGUGCUUUUGAAGCAUAUAUUUGCGCCUAUGGCCACAACAGCGACAGGAACAACAACUGCAACGACGCCAAAGCCAACAUCAUCGAUACACUGGUCGAUUAAGAAGCGUCUCAACAAGGUAUAUAGCCACCUCUUGCCAGCUUCAUUGAUAAAUACAGAUGCUAGCACAAAGAACACUGACUGUACAAUAUCUUAG